AUGCGCCUCUUAAAGCUCGACGGCAACGGUGGGUUCAGCCUGGAGACAUUCCAAACCACGAUCCAUCCUUAUGCCAUACUUUCUCAUACGUGGGGAAGCGACAGCGAUGAAGUCACAUUCAAGGACAUCACGGAUGGUGCCGGAAAGCAGAAGGUUGGAUACCAGAAGCUGGUAUUCUGCGGAGGUCAAGCGAAAGCUGACGGUCUAUCCUAUUUCUGGGUGGACACCUGCUGUAUUGACAAAUCGAAUAGUGCCGAGUUUGCAGAGGCGAUUAACUCUAUGUUUCUCUGGUACCAGAAUGCCGCACGAUGUUACGUCUAUCUAUCCGAUGUUUCGGUACGCACGCCGGACGGUCUAGUGUCUCAUAUCGAAUGGGAAUCAUCCUUUCGCAAUAGUCGAUGGUUCACACGAGGAUGGACGCUCCAAGAGCUUGUCGCUCCGAAAACCGUCGAAUUCUAUUCCCGAGACUACGUCCGACUAGGUGAUAAGAAGUCACUCGAACGAAGCAUCUACGAUAGAACUGAAGUCGCUAUCGAGGCACUCCAAGGCCGUUCGCUUUGUGAUUUUAGCAUCGAGGAGAGGUUUCGAUGGGUUAAGAAGCGACAAACGACUAAAGAGGAGGAUAUGGCAUACUGCCUUCUUGGGAUUUUUCAAGUCUUCUUACUGCCUAUUUAUGGCGAAGGGCGAAAGCAUGCAAUAAGAAGGCUGCGACGAGAGAUCGAGGACUCCGAGCACACCAGCUCGCGUCCAUGUAGGACCUUUGAUUUCGAAUGUGCGUAUCUCUUUGCUAAUGUGCUCCAUUUUAUAGCGCGAAAGUUGGCACGUACUAUCUCUUUCGACCGCAAUCCUCGCUUCACCGGUCGCGAAUCCGAGCUUUCUCGAAUUGAGAAGCUACUCUUCCGACAUGGCCAAACCACGAAGGUCGCAAUCACUGGACUUGGGGGGGUGGGGAAGACGCAGUUAGCGAUUGAGAUAGCCUAUCGGAUCACGGAGAAACAGAGGGACCGCUCAGUAUUUUGGAUUCCUGCGACCGAUCCUGAAACCCUUCUUCAGGCGUACUCGGCAGUAGCCGAAGAGUUAGAUAUACCCGGAAGAGAUGAGCAAGGAGUAGAUGUGAGGCGACUGGUUCAGAAAUACCUCAGUGGCGAAGGCGCGGGCCAAUGGCUCAUGGUGUUUGACAACGCCGACGACAUGGAUAUGUGGGUGGGAAAAUCAACCGCUAGGCAAUCUAUCCGUCUCCUCGACUGCCUUCCAAGGAGCAAUAAGGGAAGUAUCCUCUUUACGACGCGAGAUAGGAAGCUCGCUACUAAGCUAGCGCCUCAGAACUUGGUAGAAGUGCAGGAGAUGAACCUAGAGGCGGCUUCGGAGCUCCUGCAGAAAUGCCUGAACGGACUCGAUAUAGCGCCCUACCAAACCGCAACCGAAAACUUGCUUACGCAGCUGACUUACCUUCCGCUCGCCAUCGUUCAGGCGGCAGCGUAUAUUAAUGCGAACGGCAUCUCGAUCGCGGACUAUCUUUCCUUACUCGAUGAGCAGGACGAGUCUAUAAUUGAACUUCUAAGCGAAGACUUUGAGGAUAACGGCAGAUACGAUAAUAUCAAGAACCCAGUGGCCAUAACAUGGCUAAUAUCGUUCGAGCGAAUUCGGCAGCACGACUCCCUGGCGGCGGACUACUUAUCGCUAACAGCAUGUGUUGAACCAAAAGAGAUCCCACAGUGUCUUUUUCCACCUGGUCCAUCUCGUAAGAAGGAGACAGACGCUAUCGGGACGCUUCAUGCGUAUUCAUUUCUUAGCAAACAUCCGGCCGGACUUACGGUCGAUCUUCAUCGUUUAGUACAUGUAGCUGCUCGUAAUUGGCUCCAAGAGAACGAUCAACUGGCCCAGUGGACCGAAAAGGCAAUUGUGCGACUAGAGGAGAUUUUUCCGGAUAAUACCUACACGAACCGUAGCAUAUGGAGGGCGUACCUGCCGCACCAUGGCCAACCUGGCGUCGACGUACCGGAAUCAAGGCCGAUGGAAGGAGGCCGAAGAGCUGGA